AUGGCUUUGUGUUUGCGCCUCCUCCUAAUCCUCCAAUUGGCAGCCCUGAUAGCGGCCGCUUGCAACCAAACCUCGAAUGUGGUCAAUGGCAUUACAACCAUUGUCGUUCAGGAUAAUAGAACCGUCGAUGUACUAGACAGACAGCUAUUUUAUAAUGAAGAGGGUGGUCAGUGCAGUGCGAAUCUUUGUGGAUAUUACAUUGACAGCGAUGGCAAUAUGGAAGACAUGGUUUCCAAUUGCGUCUAUGACUCUCGGGGAGGUGGAUAUCGAUCACGGUGCACUCGCAAAUCAUUUGUCAAUCGAAUAAGACGAUGGGAAAGUCUGGAAUCUUGCGGAUGCUGCAGUGCUUCGCUGACGACAAGAACAAGUCCAUAUUGCGAGUAUCCUUCCAAUCCACCCUGUGGAGGAGAUGCUGCCUGUCGGAUUCCGCGUUCACGCUUUGCCAAUUCACAGGUCUGCUACAGAGAUGGAGUAUCUGGAGAACUGACAAGUCGAUGUGUCAAUGCCUUUGAAGAUUUUUUGGUAGGACCAACGGAUAGCUACACCUGCGGGCCAUGUCCAUCCGAAAGGAUUGAGGCCCCGGUUAUUGAUUCUCCGCCGUCAGAUAGUCUGACCUGUGGGUGUUCUACUUGUACGAAUAGUGUGUUGGAAACCUUGGCAUCUGAUGGAGUCUCGAGCAUUUCCUGCAGGAAACGGAUAGAAUUCAUGAUGAAUAAUUUCAACAUGCCAGAGCGAGACGCCUGUGUCUUUAUUGGUGACAGGUUUCCCGAUACUUGUGGUCAGGGGUGCAAUCCAUUGUUUUGUACUUCUACUGGACCACCACCGCCACCACCUCGACCAGCGCCACCGACGCCGCCGCCGAGUCCCAUUACAGAUUGCGGUUGCCCCAACUCUUGUACAAACGAUGUCUUGGCAUCAUUAGCAACGGAUGGAGUGGCUAGCAUUGAAUGCCGGACUCGGAUGGUUUUUGCCAUUAACCGUUUUGGUCUGACGCCGUUAAAUGCAUGUGCCAUGGUGGCCAGCCGAUAUGCUGAUGCAUGUGGUGCUUGUGAUCCAAGAACUUGUAACAAUGAUGCGGGUCCACCGGCACCGGCGCCAGUACCUGUCGUAUCGCCAGCCGGUCCUAUUCAAGAGGGGGAAUUGGUAUUUGCCGAAGAAUUCAACUCGGGCGAUCAACCCAACCCUGAAAUAUGGUCUUAUGAUCUAGGAAAUUGGGGCUGGGGCAAUGCCGAGUUACAACGGUAUACGAACACGAGAGAAAAUGUGCAAGUUGCCAAUGGAAAAUUGGUCAUCACAGCCAUUCGGCGUGGAAGUGAAAUUACUUCGGGACGCAUCAAGACGCUGAACAAGUUCACCUUCAAGUACGGUCGUGUUGAAGCAUCCAUCAAGGUACCUGAUCUGAGGAAUGGCCUAUGGCCUGCCUUUUGGACACUGGGAAAUAAUUUUCCCGUCAUUGGUUGGCCCAAAUGCGGCGAGAUUGAUAUUAUGGAAAUGGGAAAUGCCGCCCCUGGCAAUCCAAUUUUGAACCAACGGGUUGGAUCCGCGGCACAUUGGUUCCAUGAUCCAGAAGGCCGUGCUACUUAUGGCCUGUACCUGGAUGCGGGAGAGGAUCUUACUCGAGGAUUCCAUACCUACAGCAUGGAGUGGACUCCCAACAUGAUUACUACCUUUGUCGAUGGGAAGGAGAUUUGGGCAAUGGAUAUUUCUCCUCAACAGUGUCCGUCCGAAAAAUGUAGUGAAUUUCACGAUUUUCAUUUCUUCUUGUUGAACUUGGCCGUGGGCGGAACUUACACUGGUGGUCUCUUGAACGUCAACCAAAUCACCGCGCCAUUUCCUGCUCGAUAUGAGAUUGAUUACGUUCGACUUUACGCCAAUCAAUGGACCGAAGUCGGAGGAGCUUCGGCAGGGGGCGACACUGGUAUCACUCCCAAGUUUGAUUUGACCAACUGUGGAUGCCCUGCUACCUGUACAGGACAAGUCUUGGACCGCAUAGCCACUGACUCUAAUGGAAGCUUCUCUUGUCGAGAUCGCAUUCAGUGGGUGAUUGCUAAUGUGGCUCUUACGGAACAGCAAGCAUGUGAACGAGUUGGCGGGGAAUUUCCAUCUGUUUGCGGUCAAGGUUGCAACCCUGCAUUCUGUUAG